CACAAUCAUUUAUAUUCACUACAAUAUGUAUUUAUCUUACAUAGUACGUGGCCAUGCUUUGUAUAGCAGUUUUCCUAAUACUACCAACUUUAGUUAUAUGUUCCAGUGAAGGGAACAUACAUCUACUCGAAGAAGAAAUUUCAGAAGCGAUAAAGGCUUGCACAAACAAUGAAAACGAACAAAGUUAUGUUAAACGCUACACCCGUUCCAAUAGGAACACAUCAAAUCAAUACCAAUAUAACCGUAUCGAAAAUAAUAUGAAUUCUAAUCCAUACCACCAUGAGAGACGUAAUACAAAUACAAUACAAGAUAUGAUGACACCAAACAAUGUCAGUACUAUAUCGGACAACGAUUUGAUGGCAUAUGACGAUAAAUAUGAAAAUGAAAAUUUCAAUAAUACUGGGAGAAAUAACUUUGGUAAUUUUUACGGCAAUGUUAAUAAUACUUUUCAAAGAAGAAAUAAAAGAAAUGACCACUAUCUAAACAAGAAUGAAGACGAUCAGUGUCUCAGUCAUUGUGUGUUUGCUAAUUUACGUGUGGUUGACUCUCGAGGUAUUCCUCGUGAGACAGAACUUUGGAACAAGAUUCAAGCCGACGUGACGUCACAGCAAUCACGCAUCCUUAUGCAGAACCAAAUUAGAUCAUGCUUUCAAGAACUACAGUCUGAAUCUGAAGGCAAUGGCUGUUCUUAUUCCAAUAAAUUAGAGCGUUGCUUGAUGCUACACAUCUCUGAUCGGAUAAGAAGUAAUAGCAAGAAACAAUCUUGACAUAUUGCUAUUUGAAUCUUACGAAAAAAAACUCUGAUAACAA